AUGGCCUGUGCGCACAAGAAGCACAUGGCGGACAGCGAGAAGGAGAAGGGCAACGAGGCCUUCUAUGCCAAGGACUUCGAGGAGGCGGAGGCCUACUACACCAGAAGUUUGCAGUACAUGGCCGACGACGUCUCCACCUGGUCCAACCGAGCACUGGUGCGGCUGAAGCUUCAGAAGCCCGAGGCGGCCCUGCAGGACUGCGAGCACGCCCUGGCGCUCAACAGCAACUACGUGAAGGCAUUGCACCGCAAGGGCAAGGCCCUCUACGAGAUGCAGAGAUACGAUGACGCGGUCCGGACAUUCCAGCAGGCGCUUCUGCUGUCCCCGGGCAACUCCCAGAUCAACGGCGACCUCAUGGUGGCAAGGCGAAAGCUGCGGGACGCGCCUCAAGAAGUUCAAAGCUGCCGUAUAGAAGAGCUUCCCGACGACGAGCCGGUGGGAAACGCCAAGAACGCGGCUUCCGUGCCUCUUCGUCCUGGCUAUACGAGGGUUGAGAUCGAAGAGGACAGCGACAGUGAGGAAGAGGAGAGAAGCCAGCGCCGAAGAGCGGAGGCGGCUUUGUGCAAGUGGCCAUUGAAGAGGUCAGCGGCAGUGAGGACGAAGCUCCGGUGGCUUCGAAUCCGAAGGCUGCUUCGGCGAUGCACUUCCAGCCUCCUGCGCGGGCACCGGUGGGCUUUGACGACAUGGACUAGGGCGUUGAGCUCUCGCGACUCGCCGCGUAAUUGCAUGGGUGUCACCCUGGCCAAUCAGCCGAGCGAAUACGAAUGCCUCUUCUUCCAGGUGUGCUUCGCCAAGUUUGCGGACAUCUCACAGGUGUCCAUAGCCAAGUUCACCGAUGGCACGGCGGAGGAGAGAGAGCAGCAGGUGCAGAAGCUGAGGAAUGCUUUCGAGACGCAGGGAAUGGUGGUGCUGAUGGACACCGGCUUUCCAGAGGACGUGGUGGAGAAGACGAUUCAGCGCAGCCGGGACUUCUUUGCACUUCCACGGGCGGCCAAGGAGCACUUUUUUGAGCCGCCGGGCUAUCCACCACGCUCCUAUGGUGCAGUCACCACGCCCAGGGGAAAGCACUACAUGCUGCAGCAGUCAGAUGACUCAGGAAAUAUCCUCAACGAGUGGCUGCUCGUGCGCAACACCACAGUGCAGAGUGACAUGAAGGAUCCGUACUAUUCCUCAGAUGAAGGCCGGGAGUUUUUCAGCUCCGAGUCCAAGCAUCCAGAGCAGCAAGAGUGGCCUGACCAGGUGCCUGGAUUGCAGGAGGCCACGGCUGCGUACUACGUGCAGGUGCAGAAGCUGGCCAACACCAUGUACCGGCUUUUUGCCCUCGCGAUGGGCGAGCAAGAAGACUUCUUCAUCUCCCGCGCCAAGAGGGCGCCCAUUUGGCCCGUGACCAUUGCGCACUACCCGCCCCAGCUGAAAGACCCUGGGGAGCGCAAGGCGAGGAUCCAGCCCCACUGGGACCGCACGCUCUUCGCGCUGAUCACCACCAGCGACCGCGGGGAUGAGGAGUCCAAUGGAGGUUUGCAGAUUUUGGUGGACAAGGAGACUGGCGAGGGCGUGGAUGGCCGUGCAGAAGUGGAGGGCCGCGCCACGGAGUGGCAGAGCGUGGUGCGCCCGGCCGGUGGCUUCGUGGUGAACUGCGGCGAGAUGAUGAGCCGCUGGUCCAACGGCCGUCUGAAGCACGUGGUGCACCGCGUGCAGAACCCCGUGCCCGGCCAUGCGGACGCAGAUCGCAUUUCCCUGAUGGCCUACGUGCUUCCGGACUAUGACGCCGUAGUGGAGUGCGAGCACUGCAAGCGGGAUGGGUCGAAGCCGCUCUACGACAAAACGUGGGUGGGAGAGAUGAUGAACUGGGCCAGCAAGCUGCCGAUCUACAACAAGACGAAGCAAGACCUGAUGCGCAUGGCACAAGGGCUCUACACGCGCUCCGGCAGCCAGACCAAGCUGGGGGAACCCACAGAUGUGAAGAGCCUGGAGCAAGCUCUCCAGGCGCCGAUCUCCAUCCUGGACAUCGGGCCUCUUCACAACGGGACUUGGGAGGAGAAGCAGAGCUUGGCUCAACAGCCGCCCGGCGGUUCGGCGGUUCGGCGUGGUGAAGCUGGCUAG